AUGGCCUCAGCGAACGCCACCUACACCGACUCACUGCCAAAAUCACAAUAUUCGCUCUGCCUCUGCUCCUCACUCACACUCUCUCUCUCUUCAAAUCACUCCGCCAUGGAAAUCCGAGAGAAGCUCCACCAGUUCAGGUUCCAUCUCCUCGCGGCGGCGGCGGCGGCGCUGCUCAUCGUGUUUUUCUUCUACGCAGCACCGAGUUUUCUAGACGUCGUGCGCUAUUUUUGGCCGCUCCUCGUUUCCACCGCGCUGUUCCUAGUCGCGGUCGUCAUUUUCGACCGGAUUUCCCCGGCGUCCGCCGAUUUGGAGGCGGAGAAGGCUGGGGAAGGUCUGCUGGAUUACGUCGCCGGCGAGGCUCCGAUCGUUGCUCCGGCGCCGGUAUUAGAGGAUGUUCAUGUUCCGGAACUGGAACAGGAGCAGGAGCAGGAACAGAGUGCGGAGAGCGAAGGAAAGCUUUCGUGAACGUCUGUUUCUGUCCGAGGCUUUGUUUUUUCUCUUUUUGGAUUUGAUUUCUGAACUAACUGGCAAAUCUGGAAUCUUAUCUAUGAACAAUAACGCGAUUGAUUGGUUCCUGAAA